CACACACACACACACACACACACACUAGGGCAGAAUGGGUGAAUACAGGAGUGACGCCAGCAGUCAGAGCACUCGCGUGAGGUCCCAUGAAGCAGCAAGCAGUCGUAGCAGUGCCGGCCGGCUCCACCACGCUACUGGGGCCACGUCCGGCGCCCCGUCCUGUCUGCUCAGCGCGUGUGUUGUGCGUAUGUGUGGCCGCCACGCCGCCGCCUCCCUUUCCCUCGCUCUACACCGUCCGCCACCCCGUCAGAGUGGCUGGUCGCCGUGCAGCCGGAGUGACGUGCACUUCAUUGAAAAUAGUAUUGAAAACAUUGAUGCAGGUGUAGACUGGAUCAUAAGGAGUCUUAGGCGAAUCCAAGAGAGAGGGAAGAAAAGAUGCUUGUGUAGCCACCAGCUCUAGACAGCGGGCAAUCCUCUCACCAGCACCUG